UUUUAUACAUGUCGAGAGAAAUCGUAAAUCUAUGUUUUUAAGCGAAAUAGUUGAUUUUAAUUUAAUGCUGCUGUAAUAUACAGCCUACGUGAAAGCUCUUACACUGUGGAAUCUUUCGAUACUUCGUAUCUGUUCUCUACGUUGAUGAUGAUCUUAUAAUUGGUAUUACUGUCUUUCCUUCGAAUUCGUAAUUUCUUACAAAUUGCUCUGCCGCGCUAGUUUUUAGCGGUUAAUAUGGGUAACGACGACAGUGCCCAGCCUCAUGUACAAGUUGACCAGUGGUAUUUGGAGUACAUUCAAGAUGCCAUUUCGACUAUUAAAAAACAGGAGAAGAGCCCCAGUAUUUUCCGCGUUAUUCAAGAACUGCAAGCCAAUGCCGAUUUUAAUUAUGAUUCUGGCAUCUUCGAAAAGAAUCUGGAGAUUUGCGUGGCGGCUGGACAUCUUUAUCGACUGCCUGAUCAUACGGCAACCACCAACAAAUUCUAUUCGGACAUCCUUUUUGAUUGCGCCGACUACAAAAAACAGCGCCGCUUCACCAUCACCAGGCCGGACGAUGUUCAGAAUGCGGUGUUGUGCGCAGUGAAUGAGCUCAUCCAGUCACAGGAAUCCAAUGAUGUUGGCGUCAGCUUCGACGAGAUUCAUAACUUCAUUAUGCAAACUUACAUAAUAGCCAUACCACCGGACGAUCUGCGUCGCCGAAUGGAAACAGCUCUGAAUAAACUGGCUAUGCUGCAACAAAUUAUUAAGCGCAAUCGACGGUACCGUCUCCCGGAACCACCUUCCGCUAAGCCUAAAAACCCGGAAAGCGAAAGUGUUGAUGUGCCGGCCCCGCCAAUGGAGAAUGGUCGGUCUGCGUGUGUUUCGGAUACAUCGAUGUCAUCAACAUCGGACAGCAGUGACGAUAGCCGGUCAUCUUCGCACUCUUUCUCGUCCUCGUCACGCUCCGACGACAGUAUUUCCAUUGGGUCGAAUAAAAAGCUGUUUCGGGCGUUCGAGCGAAGAGCCAAUUCGGAGCCACGGGCAGUUCUGGAUAUCAUUGAUAAAGCUGCAGCACCGGUUACGUCAGCCCCGCUGUGUGUCGUAGUGCCGGCGAAAUCUCCCGAUCCGCCUGCGGAGCCGUUGUGCUGCCUGCGGUGUAAUAAAUCUUCGACCACAAUGGAUCACUUUGACCAAUGCCAUAAUGGAUUGCUGCUAUCGGAACAGGAAACAUUUACUCUACAGGAGCGCAAGGCGCGCUGGUUUGCGGUAACGAAAAAAGAUUACAAGGUUCGCUGCGAAAAUGCCGGAUGCACCAAGCAGUUCCGGAAAAGUACAGACCUUUAUCGUCAUCUAAAAGUUUGCCAAUUUGGUAAGGAAGUCAAAGAAAACAGAGCUGCAGAAGAGAUCACCGACGACUGCCACGAAAGCGGUUUUUGCCCAAGUCCCGAGAUUGCACCCAGUAUCGUCCAGAAUGACGAAUCAGAAACCCAAAUUGGUAAUGCCAAUGCCGACGGAAAAACAAACGGUGCCUCAAGCAACAAUAUACAAUCGAAUGAUUAUGCUGAAGAAUCCGAGAAAGUUCCCAUACAAGUUGAAAAUGGUGAAAAAAAGAACAGCCACGUCCAGUUUAAUGGUCGGAAGGAGAUCAUUAAUUCAUUCGAGAGUGAAGAGCGCAGCAGCCAGAGUAAGCUCAGUACUAGGAAAAGAAACGGUUCGCAGAAUGGUCGUGGUAAGAGACUUCGUAAAAGCGCGGAAAAACUUGCCUCGGAGAGUGAAGAAGACGAGCAGACUCGCCGAGCCCGAGCCAUGAUCACAUGUGACCUUUGCAACCGGAUAAUCCAUCGCGAACAUUUCCUCGAGCAUGGCGAAGAUCAUAAGACGGCGAAAGUUACACAGCCUGAGAGUGCUCAAAACAAAACGAAAACCAAGGGAGGUCGCAAGAAAAAAAUACCGGCAGGUGCAAAGAAAACGGCGUCCGUGGCCGGUGGCGCUGUCACUGCCGCUAAACAAAUCGAUUUGCUGGAGGAAGAUCGAGAUGAAGCACCUGGCGCUGCAAACGAAACUGAAGGGGCGCAGCCGCUGCGAACCAGCACACCGGACGUUGUGGCCAUGACCAAAACGGUCAAUCGGAAGAGAGUGUUGUCAGCCUCACCCAUUACAUCAGCAGAUGAAGCUGAAGUGGCGGAAGAAAUUCCAGCAGUUAUUAAUACAAGAUCGAGUCGCGCCAAGAAGUCUGUAAAUACACGGUCAGUUGCCAACAAGAAAAAAAUACCGGCAUCAUCGUCUACCGAAGGUACAAAGGAAAAAGCGGUUGACAGCGUGCCAUCCAAAAAACAACCUCUGCUCCCGACACCGCCACCACAGAUCCCAACUAAAUCGAACACUGCUGAAAAACUGCGGUGUAAGUUAAAUAAAGUGCAGACGGAGAUCAAGAAGGCGACCUUUUUCCAAACCCAACUGGCCAAACGACAAGCGGCCAAGUCCCUGCAGGUGGCAGAACAGGCAACUGACAGCAGUGUUAAUCCGGCUGAAAUCUUACAGGAAAAAUCAAAGCCAAAUUGUAAAAUGGCUAUUAACUGGGGAAGUAUCGAUAGCAAUGUUGUCAACGAAAUCCGAUCAGAGUACGAAAAAUACGGCCGCUUCGGGGAUGACUCCUUCCAUGGUGACAAUAUUACACUGAAGAAUCUGGAUAAAUGGCUGUCGGAAGCGGGGGUUUUAGGUGACCGACUGUCGGCUACCGAUACGGGGAUUGCGUUUAAACGCAUACUUAGUAACGAACAAAGAACGAUGCCAUUCGAUAAGUUUAAGGACUUCAUUUCCGAUCUGGCACACAGCGCCAACCCAUCGAAUCCCGAUGCAGCCUUCAAAGACAUGGUUGCCAAGUUGCAUCAGCGUCGCACGCCCAGCAAAAACAGUGUCACGGAGCCGGUGAAAUCGGAUGUGGUGGAUCGGUUGACGGAUCCGGCCGGUUACACCGGCACGCAGCGCUUUAGUGCGGAUGGGAAAACAGUGGAUGGCCGGCACAAUUUACCUGAUCUGGAACAAGUGCGCAACGAUGGAUACGUGGCCGGCUAUAAGAACGCAGAAACCUACGAUCGUGACCAUAAUGUCAAUGUACGGGUGCCGAAAUACGACGCCGAAGAGGAACGUAAGCGACAGGACGCCGCUCAUCGCUACAACACAUCCAGCGAUACGACCCGCAACCGGGACCAGUCUGCUGCGGCAAGCAAACCCGCCAACUUGACGGAUGACUACCGGCUGCACAACCAGUCACCGCGUACCAAUCCGCAGGACACUGCCACACCCAAAUAUGAUAACGACUUGAUUAUCAACAACACCACGGAUGCGGCGCGCACAACCAAUACCCCGGAUACGGCACACGCCGCGGCGGCGGCCACUGCAGCCCGGCAUGACUACGGGCAACCACCGGAGACCAACAGCAGUAUUCUGCGGCGGGUGGCCAAUGAGACGCAUUAUACCGGUGCCGACGGGAGCGGUUUUCGUCCGGAGGAUGCUCAUCGUAAUAAUACGGAUACCGCCAAGACGGCGGGAAAUAUGGGGCGUGAACAGCGUGAGUAUGAUACCAACCGGGAUGUAAAGGGAACCACACUGCGUACAGACAUUGAUCGCCACAAUGACCGGGAAGUGCGAAGCCCGGUGACACCAGCCGGACUGAAUACCACUACGAAUCUGACGUCCAACCGAGCUGCUAAUGUGACUGAUGCCGCUCGGGCCGAGCAAACGCGAACCAAAGAUUACGCCACUAGUCCAGUUCGCAACGAGACGGUGACCGCGGAGCAUCACACGAACGCUCAGCGUGUUCCAUCUGCCGAUCGUCUGGCGGAUCGUAACGCUCCCGCAUCCUAUCAUCGUGACAAUAUUUCGGGUCAACCAGCCGAUUUGUCCAACAAAGACCGGGCGCGGGAACCGGCAUACAAUAAAAACGCCGAUGCUCAACAUACGCAUGCCAGGACCGAUUAUGGCCGAACGCACACCGAACGGGACGAACGCCAUGUGGAACGGCCAAACAUUGCGAAUGUCCGUACCGAUAGCAAUCAGCACCGCAUCGAAGCGGACGCACGGGAUAAGACCGGUUAUGAUCGAACAGCGGAAGCGGCUAAAGGUCAUACCGAGGUAGAAACACGAACGCUGCCGGCCACUAAUCUGGAGCAUCGAAGCGAGGGUCGGGCAACAUCACCCGGUGGGCGGGAGGCCUACUCGGAUGUACGCGCCAAUUACCGCGAAGGUCAACCGACUUACAAUGUAAGAGAACCCGCCGUCAGUUCUUUGGCGAUCAGCGAUUUACCAUCGCAAAACCAUAUGCCUGUGUUGUAA